CCUGAUGAAGAGCUUCCUAAUUACUCCCCUCCUCCUAUAACAGACGCUCACCGCGUAAACGCUUCAAAUAUCAAACCCACCCCUCAAACCCCCCAAACACUCUGUAAUUCUCCAAAUAUCAAUUCCCUGCCUCCCCAUGGAUUUCUUCAAGUCCGCCUUCUCCGACGACCCUCACCCCUCCGAUCCUCACAACAACGAAGCUGCGGAUCCGAACCCCGACCCGAACCCUACUGGCGCUUGGAGCUUCGGCGGGCUCAUCAAGACGAUCGCGUCGAGAUCGGAGUCGGUGAUCCUGAACUACCGGCGGGACCUCGAGGAGUUCGGGUCCGGGCUGAAGAAAGAAACGGCGGUGAUCCGGGAAGUCGCCUCGCGCGCCGUCGAGGACCUCCCUGGGUCGUUCGAGGUCGGCGCGUCCGUCGCUCAGGAGUCGCUAGAGUCGGUCGGCCAGGCCAUCGACAAUAUCGGGAGCUCCGUCUGGAAAUCGACAGCCGAGAUCAUUGCUCACGGUAGGGACUCUCUUCUAGCUCCUGACCUCGAUUCCAAUUCCUCUGAUAAUGAUAAUAGUAAUAAUUCUAACACUAAGCAAUUGAAUCGUAGUAGUAGUAACAGUCAAGGUUUGGAUUUGAAACGGUAUAGUAGGUUUGAUGCUCAAUUGCGUGCGAUUCAGUGUGAUAUGAAUACGUAUUUGGAGGAACCGGAGGAUUUGGAGGGUUACAAUGAGUGGAAACCAGGGUUUGUGAUGGAGGAGAAGAGGGAGGAGAUUGGGAAUUUGAUUGGAGAGAAUGGGGCAGUUGGAGAGAUAUAUGGGAAGCUUGUUCCGAGUGGGGUUGAUGAGGAGAGCUUUUGGACUAGGUAUUUUUAUAGGGUGCAUAAGCUGAGACAAGUGGAGGAUGCGAGAGCAAAGCUUGUGAAGCGAGCAAUUUCCGGGGAAGAGGAGGAUUUGAGUUGGGAUUUUGAUGACGAAGAUGGAGAGAAUGAUGGGUCCGAGUCAAAGGUCGAAUCAAGAAGUAAUGGUGAUGUUGGAAAUGUUGAGGUUGGAUUGGAGAGAGAGAAUGAUGAUGCGGGUGGUGGCGGUAAGUUGGAAGUGAGAUCGGAUGAGAAAGGGGUGGUGGAGGGGAAGACGGAUGGUGUGGAAUCUGGGAGAGAUAGUGAUGUUUCAGUUGUUUCAAGCCAGCCGUUGUCGCCAGAGGAAGAUCUUGGGUGGGAUGAGAUUGAAGACAUUGGAAGCACUGAUGAGAACAUAGGGGAUGCUGUUGGCAGCGCAGAUAGGGUUGAUUUGCGUAAGCGGCUGAGUGCAGCAGAGGAAGACGAGGAUUUGAGUUGGGAUAUUGAAGAUGGUGAUGAUAAUGUGCCUGCUAAAUCGUGAUUAGUUCAGCUUUUAUAGAUCAGAGGUGUUCUGACUCAAUAAAAUUGAGUCUAUACCCUCCCUGAUUGGGUUCCCCUGCAAAGUUCCAUUUACAUGUUAGUGAUAUUCGAUUAUUUGGUGUUUAUAAAUUAAUUUGUAAAUAUUCGACUUUGUAUCUGUUCUUUUUAGUUGAAACUUAUCAGAUUCAUCCUA